AUGUCCAGCAACGAGAUGGAUCCGCGCGGUUGGAUAGCAAAAUGGGGGCAAGCUAGUAGAACUAGCAAUGUUGAACACGAUAUUGAACAGACUCUUGAACGGGACAAGAGAAGGGAGCAACAUAUUGCAUACCUCCUCGCUUCAAAACAGAUCGAAGCUCCUGAACCACUCGAAGCAUCCAAACGAGAUGACAUCCUACAACUCAGAUCUCUAUUGCCACUGCAUCGCAACCCAGCUCAACACUUCGAACGUCUUUCGGUAGUCCUCAUGUUCCGCACUCCUUUCUCCAAGCUUACACGCAGACAACAAAAUGACUACGGCUGGGGAUUGGAAAGUGUGCCUCUGCUUGAGAUGUUCGGAAGAGAAUUCCUGAAGAAAAGCUGUGAUCUGUAUGGAGUUGACCUUGGUCGGUUACAGUUGAUUGUCAAUGAAUUAUGGUUGCAAAACGUGUUUUCGCCAUCAUUGAGCUUGAUGAGUGGGCUUCGGAAAUUCACAGACACGGAUCUGGUGAGCGAUUGGUUCAGAAUAGCUAUUGGGUUGCCAGUUCUCAAUAAGGACAGGCUGGUAUCUGCAAAUCAAAGCAGCCCUUCGGACUUGCUCAGUACUAAAGAGCGCCUCUAUGAGCCACGGACAACCCCAAAGCAAUCUUUCAACGCCGUGGCUCAAAAGCCAAAGUCAUCAUCUAACAUCGCGCAACCCAAAGUUGGCGGUCGUACACCACGUCCCACCAAGAGUCUUUACAUGACCAUGAUUUCUUCCACUCCUAAACAUGGGGGGAAAAGUAAUAUUUACAAUCCAUCGGCUCUCCGUCGACCAAAGGGCGCAACAGCUCCGGUUCAAGACUGCAGAGCUGCACAACUACCAUAUGGCGAUUCGAGAUCUCAUUUAAUACCCACAUCUAAGGAUGUGAGUAUCAGCAGAGACAACACCCCCAGCCGUCGCUACUCCACACCCGACGUAUCUCAAUAUGGAGAUUGGGAGAGCUUCUGUCGGUCACAAUCUGCAAAGCCCAAGCCUAGAUCAAGAUCAUUUUCUGAGGGUCCUGAUAGUUCACGAAACAGUGCCCCAGAUGUCUUCUUUCCUGCGCCUGUGGUUCACCAAUACGUAUCAUCUGACGUAUCUCAAUAUGGAGAUUGGGAGAGCUUCUGUCGGUCACAAUCUACAAAGCCCAAGCCUAGAUCAAGAUCAUUUUCUGAGGGUCCUGAUAGUUCACGAAACAGCGCCCCAGAUGUCUUCUUUCCUGCGCCUGUGGUUCACCAAUACGGACCAUCUGAGAGUCUCCCCACACCGCAACCCGCACAAAACAGUCCGGAUAUCUGGCUUGGAGUCGGAAUCAUCCCAGCUAGCAUUCAACCCCAAAAUUCUAUGCUUGAAAAUCCAUCGACUGCUACUUCUGACACAGUUUACGAUGAGGAUCCCAUGGAUAUCGAUGAUGCAGUGUUCUUAAUCGUGGCAAACACUUCACUUGCUUCCAGUCAAGUCCCAACAGGAUCGAUCAAUUCCACUCCUAAUUACUAUGACGAUGGAGACGCAAUGGAUCUGGAUGAUGCAAUGGAUCUCGAUAUUCCAUUGCCCGAACGCCAACGAAGACCCUCUCUGACUCGCCAUCAGACUUUGUUGAAAUCAACACAUGUUGCAUCCGAGGCUGGGUCUGGAGUUGGAGCGACAUCUCGUAGCAAUAGCAGACGAAGCUCUAUCUGCAAUCCCUCACCGACUGCUUCUACUGUUAUGAAUGCAAUGAAAAUCAAUCAUUCAAAGGUAGUCAGAAGCUUACGCAGAUCUCGCCGUUCAUCUACAUCUCUUCGGGAUGUUGUGACCAAGUUGGAGGAUUUAGAUACUCGCUCGUUUUAG